AUGUCAUAUCUGAGCGUCGAGCUGGUUUUCACAACGUUUACCCACUCAGGCUCUGAUAUCAUUCAUCUCCAAGCUCUCGGCAUGCGAAUUGUCGUGGCUAAUAGUGCCAAAGCCGUCAAAGAGCUGUUUGAGAAGCGGUCCCACAUAUACUCCGACAAGCAGCAGUUUGUCAUGCUACUCGAGCUGAGUGGAUGGCGUCGUAACUGGUCGCUGCUACCGUACGGCGAUUACUGGAGGGAACAUCGCCGAUUAUUUCACCAAUAUUUUCGGCCCCUUGCGGUUCCACAGUAUCGACCAAAGCAGGCAAAAGCCGUCCAGAGGUUUCUUCCACUACUGUUAGAUGCCGGAAAUGACUUCGCUCAGCAUGUCCGUUACUUGGCAGGGUCUCUGAUUCUCGACGUUGUCUACGCCUUCGAUGUGCAACCUGGUGAUCCUCGCAUCGAACUCGCGGAGAAGGCCGUGCACACAGCUACCGAAAUUAUGAAUGGAGGAAUAUUUCUUGUUGAUUUAUUCCCAAUCCUGAAGCACGUUCCGGCAUGGUUUCCCGGGGCGCGAUUCAAGCGUCAAGCAGCCAAGUGGAAGGCGCUAAUGGAUGCCAUGCAUGAAAUGCCUUAUGGUCAGUUCAAGGCCGCAAUGAAACAAGGCAGCGCUCAACCGUGUCUCACGGCAUCCUUACUCUCCGGCGCCGACGGAGCGGAUACGCCAGAGCUUGAUGAGAUUUUCUCGAAUAUCACGGGGACAGCGUACGCAGGUGGCUCAGACACAACGAGCAUCGCGCUUAUGACGUUUAUAUUUGCCAUGGUCCUGUAUCCCGAGGCACAAGCAUUCGUGCAAGAAGAGCUUGACCGUGUCGUCGGCAGAGAUCGCUUACCGGAGAUAGACGACGAAUCAUCUCUUCCUCGCGUUACAGCCGUGAUGUACGAAACCCUUAGGUGCAUGGCACUCGCCUUUACCGCUAUGUUUGCAUUUCCCCUGCUCCGCAUACCUAUGAUUGACCGCACUUCGUCUUCAGCUACUCCGCACCGUGUAAUGGCCGACGACGAGUAUAAUGGCUAUCAUAUCCCAGAGGGCUCAAUAAUCAUGGGCAAUUCAUGGGCGAUUCUUCACGACGAGGAUACUUACCCGGACCCGUAUUCGUUCAAUCCCAAACGGUUCCUCUCCGAAGAUGGGAAGUUGCGCGAAGAUGUCCCGAAACCCAUGGAAGCGUUCGGCUACGGACGCAGGAUAUGUCCGGGCCGCCAUUUUGCUCUAGAAACGCUCUUCACGGCUGUAUCGAAUAUCCUCGCUGUUUUCACCAUAGAGAAGGCUGUGGACGAAGACGGCAAGGUUGUCGAGGUUAGGGAAGAAUUUGUCCCUCAUGUCUUCAGCCCACCGAAACCUUUCAAGGCGCGUUUCAAGGCGCGUUAUCCAGAAGCGGAGAGCUUAAUACGGUCAGCUGCUCUAGCAGAUGCGUAG